ACUAAAAAACAAUGGCAAAACCUUUCAUCUCUAAUCCCUUAAUUAUUGUAUUGCCCCUCUUCAUCAUAUUGACCACUACUCCUUCACAUUCAAACAACCAUACUGAUCUUGAAGCUCUUUUGGCAUUCAAGAAAUCCAUACACGACGAUCCACUGCAUGCUUUGAGCUCGUGGAACGAAACAACGCAUUUCUGCAGGUGGAAUGGUGUCUCAUGCAGCAAAAGGCAUCCAAGCAGAGUUGUCUCUCUUUCUCUGCGGUCUCUAGGCCUCGUGGGAUCGCUCUCGCCUCAUAUUGGUAAUCUCUCUUUCCUCAGAAUCAUUGACUUGAAAAACAACACCUUCAAUGGCCAAAUCCCUCCGGAGAUUGGCCGCCUCAGAAGGCUUCAAGUGAUUGAGUUUAGCAACAAUUCUUUUGGAGGUGGGAUUCCAAAAAAUCUAACACAUUGCAUAAAUCUUUAUUACCUGAAUUUGAUUGACAAUGAGCUCAGUGGAGACAUAGUCCGAGAGGUAUUUUCUCUUGCCAAGCUCAAUCAUCUAGGCUUGUCGCUAAAUAUGCUUUCAGGGACAAUUCCACCAGAAGUAGGAAACCUUACGGAUCUAUUUAUACUUUCAAUGUCGUAUUGCGGCUUGAAAGGAGAGAUUCCCGAGUCACUUUCUCAGCUUCGAAAAAUUAAUACUCUAAUUUUUUAUGAUAACAGCCUGACUGGUUCUAUUCCAUUAGGUCUCUAUAAUAUUUCAAGCCUAGAGAAUUUUGCAUUUGGUUCCAAUCGACUCCAUGGAAACAUACCUCCCAACAUAGGCUCUACACUUCCCAAGUUGAGGUUACUUCAUUUGUACUCAAAUCAUUUGACUGGAGCGCUUCCAGCGUCGCUAUCAAACUCAUCCCUCAUCAUAGAUAUAAUAGUAGCUAAUAACAGUCUAACUGGUAAUAUGAUAGAUUUAACGAGGCUUUCAGCUCUUGAAAAGUUUAUGGUUAACUCCAACCAAUUCAAUGGAGAUAUAAGCACUACUUUGUCAUCCCUCACAAACUGCACCAACCUUGAUACUUUGACGUUGAAUGAUAACCAUUUCACUGGUUCGCUGCCAGAUUCCAUUGGCAAUCUUUCUAAUCACUUGGUGUUCCUUCUGUUUUAUAGUAAUCAGCUAAGUGGAAGCAUUCCAUCUAGUAUAGGAAACCUUGUUGGUCUCGCUACUUUAGUAGCUGAUGGCAAUAAUCUGAAAGGUCCAAUUCCUUCCUCCAUUGGAAAACUUCAUAAGUUGCAAACAUUCAUUCUCGCUGGAAAUAGACUGACAAAUGAGAUACCAUCUUCAUUGGGCAACUUGAGUUUGUUGAACUCUCUUUCACUAGGAUUAAACAAUCUUUCUGGGACCAUACCUCGAAGUCUUAGCAACUGUAGCACCUUGGUAUACUUGGAUCUUUCAUAUAACAAUCUCAGUGGCCCAAUACCUCUUGAAAUUAUCAAGCUUUCCUCUAUUGCCAUUAGACUUGACCUAUCUGAAAACAUCUUGGCGGGUACUAUUCCAUCAGAAGUAGGGGCUUUGAUAAAUCUUGGGAUCAUGGACUUGUCCAACAAUAGAUUAUCUGGAACCAUCCCACCUUCUCUGGGGAGUUGCGUGAUGCUUAGCGCACUCUACCUAGGGGGAAAUUCUCUUCAGGGUGAGAUACCUGACAGUCUUAAAGCUCUGAGAGGUUUACAAUUUUUGGAUAUUUCCCAGAACAAUCUCUCAGGAAAGAUUCCACGAUUUCUUGUCGAGUUUCGCUUGUUGUAUCUCAACAUUUCUUUCAAUGAGUUGCAAGGGGAAGUCCCAACUCUCGGAGUUUUCCAAAAUGAAAGCGCAAUCUCACUUGAAGGAAACCAAGGCUUGUGCGGGGGUAUUGCAACCCUAAACCUUCCUUCUUGUCCAUCAUCACCAAAAUCCAAGAAGAAAGGUAUAGGUAAAAUCUUGAUCCCAACUAUUGUUGGAGCCAUAUGCCUUGCCCUUGCAGCAUGCUUCUGUGUGUUUAUCAUAUACAAGCGGCGUACACUGCAAAACGUUGGAGCCCCCAUAUUCCAAGUGCCAGAAUUUUUGAGGCUAUCUUAUGGAGAACUCUUGAAUGCCACAAAUGGAUUCUCGGAGAGUACUCUAGUUGGUGCAGGUAGAUUUGGAUCUGUGUACAAAGGAACUAUCAAUGAUGAUGAUGAGCAGACUGAUGUGGCAGUGAAGGUUCUUAAUCUUAACAUAAGAGGAGCUUAUAAGAGUUUGGCAUCAGAAUGCAAUGCAUUGAGAGGCAUACGACACAAAAACUUGCUCAAGAUUGUGAGUGUAUGUGAUAGCACUGAUUUUCAAGGGAACGAUUUUAAGGCUUUGGUUUAUGAAUUUAUGGCCAACGGAAGCCUCGAGGACUGGCUUCACUCUGAGAAUGAAGGCAGGGGAGCUCUCAGUGCUAUUCAGAGACUCAAUAUUGCAAUUGAUAUUGCAUCUGCAGUCGAGUACUUGCAUUUUGGUACAGACUCCAUAGUUAUUCAUGGAGAUUUGAAGCCGAGUAACAUUCUCUUGGAUCAAGACAUGGUCGCCAAAGUUGGUGAUUUUGGUUUAGCCAAAAUUGUUUCAACCAUUUCAGGGAGCUUGCCAUCCACGGAAGGAAGCAGUUCAUCUGCAAUAAAGGGUACCAUAGGCUACAUUGCUCCAGAGUAUGGCAUGAACUACGUUGCAUCAACUCAAGGGGAUGCAUACAGUUACGGAGUUCUUGUGCUUGAGAUGUUCAUAAACAAAAGACCAACGAGUGAUUCAUUCGAAGGCUGCCUAAAUCUCCAAGACUUCGUUUGCACAGCUUUAACCGACCGUGUAAUGGAGAUAGUGGAUCCAUUUCUUCAUCAAGGAUUUAAUGUGGAUGAAAAGUAUUGGGAGUGCAUUGUUUCAAUUCUGAGUAUUGGAGUGAGAUGCUCGAAGCAACUUCCAACAGAUCGCAUGUCGAUGAGGGAGGUUGUUAAUGACUUGAAAAAGAUUAAAAAAGUUUUUCCAGUUUAUAAAAAUGGUAGAAAUGUUGCUUCGUUCCAACAUUAAAAUAGAUGCUCCUUUCUAUCUAUUGGCAACAUUUUCAGUUGUAAUUGUUGGGCAGAUGCUCCUUGUUUGUGGUAGAGGCAGUUUAUGUUCACUUUGAUUUUAAUUCUUAUGGCAUGUCUCUUUUUUUAAUUGUGA